AUUUCCAGGAUAAGGAGAGAACUCGCCUCGGAAGCUUCUUUACAUCGAGCUUACCAUACCAAGUUCUGGAAUUUCACCCUUAUUUAAGAUGAAUUUAUGGCGAUUAAUCUACAUGCCGACAUAAAUCAUGUAACCUCUGGAUUCAUCUUUUACGGGCAUCAUCACUGUAUUGGCAGGAGCCUAGAGAUCAGCAGGUGAGACAAAUGACGUGAAUACCUUUAUGGUACAGGAGUUAGCAUUCCACUGUAUGUUAUUGCAUCGGUGGUUUGCCGGUUGUUAUACUUUUCAUCUUUGGGGAGUGGCUGUGUUUAAAGUACUUCUAAUCCAUUGUUUUCCUUCUUUGUCCCGAGACUAUCAACGGGUUCCUCCAAAAUGAAUCGAUAUUCUACCUUGAGUGCAGGCCACUUCAUGACGGCAACUUCCUUCAUACCCCCGCGAUCUGCCUAUACCACAUGCUUUUGCUCACUUCACCCCAUGGUUCCCCUCCUAACACCUCAUUAUAAAAACCCCAACAAACCAUCAUUUGUGGCAGCUCCUGACUCCAUCCUGCUUUCAUCCUGCACAUCUGUCUCUGCCUUGUACUCAGAUCAUCCCACAUCCCUAUUCACCAACGAGUCACGUGUCAAGAUGACAGCGUCAGACGAAGGCUGCCUAGUGCGUCUCAACGAGGAUCUUAGGAGCCCCAUGAUCAACAAAACUGUCGAUAAGUUCGUGAGACUGCUUGUGACGAACUUUCUCAUGGAGCAGAGUCUUGAUUAUCUAUGGCCCUCAGCAGAAGAUGAUAACGACGCGGAGGAUCAGGCUCAAUAUCAGAAGAGGGAGGAAAUGGUGCCCUCAGUCAUCAUCGCAUUAUACGUCAUCGCCGCUAUACCUACGCCUAAGGAUCUAGGGAUUGAAUGGAUCACCGAAGAGGAGCACAUGAUCCUCAGGCAAGCCUACAAAAUAGAGACGGAGAAGCCUAUCGAGGAGCGAGUCGUGGAUAUCGGCGCGAUAGACGAAUACAUAGGGUACAUCUGGUAUAUGAUAGUCGUUUCAAGGGAUAGAAACGAUAAUAAACCCAUUGAGAAAUUCUUGGAGGGGCUGAACGGUUUGCCUUCUGGUAAACCUGCCUUGGGGGUGAUGUAUCCUCUCCACAAAGAUAAUUUGGAGCAAGUGGGCAUCAAUUACAGAUCCCAUCUCGAAAGAUUUCUUGAUGAGUGAGGAAGUCCAGAAUACGGCUGGAGAUGUCCUGUUUGAGUUCAACAUUCGUUGAGUCUUCGUCCGCCAUUUGCGCUGUUUUUUUUCCUUAUAUCGCACAUACCAGAUUUUGUUUGAGCUAAAUAGUCGCCCUAGCAAUGCCGCGAAUUGUUCUUUUUUGAUGAUUUUCAUCAGACCCUUAUUUAAUAAAAUAAGUCCACCAAAUCAUAAAAGACAAAAAGUAACCUCAAAAAAAAAUCAACAAAAAAGAAUGACC